UAGUUUGGACUAAUCCAGAAGCAAAUGCUAAAUAAUAAUAUUUGUUUAGCAAUGUGAGCAAAAUAGAAAAAUAAAGGAGAGAAGAAAAAUCCUUUAUAAGCAGGAGUCACCUGGACUCUGAGUUUCCAGACUUCAGGAACUGAGCAAAGAAGCAUCUUCUGCUGCAUAUGUCCAGAAGACCCUAAGAGAAGAUGAAGGCUCUCAUUUUGAUUGCUGUCAUCUUUACUUUCAUUGCUUCUAUCUCGUCGGUCGGUGGACAUAAGCAAACAAGUCACCAAAAAUCCAGUGAAAGUCUCCGUAAGCAUUUUAAACCACUUAUGCAAAUUAGUCCUCGGCAGCCAAGAAAAAAUUUUGCAAAACCUGAACGAGCUCCUAAAGGUUCACAUGAGCACCAUGGUGAUAAUGAAGCCCACAAAGCCAACCAACUGCCCAAGUCCCACCUCCCACGAUUUCUUGAACUCAGACCUAAGCAGUGUCAUGAGAAUGUUGCAAAGCCUCAUGGUCAAGUAUCACCAGCCACCUCUAGUGUUCCAGUAGCUGAAAAUAAAGUCAGUGUCACCACUCCUUCCACUGCCUCUGACAGCAAAAUUACAGGAGUUGCUCCCAGCAUCCUCCAAAACACUGCUCCUGCAGCUGCCCCUGAUACUAGCACUGCCCAAGCCACUACACCUGCCACAGGCCCUGACACUAAUCCUGCCCAGGCCACUGCCACUGCUGCUCCCUCCCAGUAUACCACCGCUGCCCCCAACACGAGCACCCCCAUUGCCCCUGCCCCAGUCACCACUGCUGCCCCCACCCCAGCCACCACCACUGCCCCCACCCCGGAAACUACCACUGCUGCUACUGCCCUGGACACCACUGCAGCCAGUCAACAAUAA